CGCCUCGCUAUAUAUACCUCCCUCCCAUCCCCCUCACUCCACCACCAACAAGAACCACCACUCCAAGCUCCCGCUAGCCGCUAGCUAAUUAAUCAAUCCCACCGGCGAGACACGCGCCAGUCGCCAUCGUUUCCCUGAUGGAGAAGAAGCAGGCGAGCUACGGGAAGGGCGCGGCCAGGAUGGCGCCGAUGGAGGUGUCGGUGGAGGCCGGGAACGGCAGGGAGUCCGACUGGCUUGACGACGACGGGCGCCCGCGUCGGUCGGGCACGGUGUGGACGGCGAGCGCCCACAUCAUCACCGCCGUCAUCGGCUCGGGCGUCCUCUCGCUGGCGUGGGCCAUCGCCCAGCUCGGCUGGGUGGCGGGCCCCGCCAUCAUGCUCCUGUUCGCGCUCGUCAUCUACUACACCUCCACGCUCCUCGCCGAGUGCUACCGCUCCGGCGACCCGGAGACCGGCAAGCGCAACUACACCUACAUGGACGCCGUCCGCUCCUACCUCCCGGGCACCAAGGUGAAGCUCUGCGGCGUCAUCCAGUACGCCAACCUCGUCGGCGUCGCCAUCGGCUACACCAUCGCCGCCUCCAUCAGCAUGCGGGCGAUCGGGAGGGCGGACUGCUUCCAUUACCACGACGUCAGGGGCCGCAGCGGGAAGGACGAGUGCAAGAGCUCCAGCAACCCGUACAUGAUCGUCUUCGGGGUCGUGCAGAUCCUCUUCUCGCAGAUACCGGACUUCGACCAGAUAUGGUGGCUCUCCAUCGUCGCCGCCGUCAUGUCCUUCACCUACUCCACCAUCGGGCUCGGCCUCGGCAUCGCGCAGACCGUCGCCAACGGUGGCAUCCAGGGCAGCCUCACCGGCCUCAGCGUCGGCCCGGGCGUGACCUCCAUGCAGAAGGUGUGGCGCAGCCUUCAGGCCUUCGGCAACAUUGCCUUCGCCUACUCCUACUCCAUCAUCCUCAUCGAAAUCCAGGACACGGUGAAGGCGCCGCCGCCGUCGGAGGCGAAGGUGAUGAAGAAGGCUACGGGGAUAAGCGUGGCGACGACGACGGUGUUCUACAUGCUGUGCGGGUGCAUGGGGUACGCGGCGUUCGGCGACGCUGCGCCCGACAACCUCCUCACGGGGUUCGGCUUCUACGAGCCCUUCUGGCUGCUGGACGUCGCCAACGCCGCCAUCGUGCUGCACCUCGUCGGCGCCUACCAGGUCUUCUGCCAGCCCCUCUUCGCCUUCGUCGAGAAGUGGGCGGCGGCGAGGUGGCCCGACAGCGCCUUCAUCGCCCGGGAGCUCCGCGUGGGACCCUUCGCCAUCAGCGUCUUCCGGCUCACCUGGCGCACGGCCUUCGUCUGCCUCACCACCGUCGUCUCCAUGCUGCUCCCCUUCUUCGGCGACGUCGUGGGGCUCCUCGGCGCCGUCGCGUUCUGGCCGCUCACCGUCUACUUCCCCGUCGAGAUGUACAUCGUGCAGCGCGGCGUGCGACGGGGGAGCACGCGGUGGGUUUGCCUCAAGAUGCUCAGCGCCGCCUGCCUCGUCGUGUCCGUCGCCGCCGCGGCCGGGUCCAUAGCCGACGUCAUCGGCGAGCUCAAGGAGUACCGGCCGUUCAGCGGCUGAGCGAUAUUUGUGUAGGAUGGUGGGUAGCACAGCGGCACAUGGGAGCACAUGUGUACGUACGGAUUGUGUGCUGCAAGAGAUGGAAACAAAUUACCAUUACCAACCUUGUGAACUUUUAUCAAGUAGCACCUCGUAGAUACUUGUAUUUUCCCCGUAAAAGUACUCUUUCCCUGCAUUUUCGUUGUUGUUGUUGUUGUUGUUUUUGUUGUUUUUGUUGUUGUUGUUGUUGU